AUGACUGCUCCAUUUCACCAAGAAGCCGGCGUCUCAAGUGACUCGCGCCGAGAUAGUGCCAGUGUUGGUGCCCCGUUAAAAGAUGUGGAAGACAGACGGCUCUCCUUAAAAUCUUAUGGACACCGAGACACUUCUCCGAUGCCGAGCGGACCCCGAACCAACGUCAGCAAGAAAAAACAACGAUGGAGAUGGGCACUUAAAAUCUGGGACCUUGUAGUUGACCAAUGGUUUCUUAUUGUCAUGGGCAUCCUGAUUGCCUUUGCCUCUCAGGUGCAGGUGCCAAAAUCCCAUCAGCAGCUCAAGCAAACCGUGGUCAACUAUCUUGCGGUUGCCAUCAUUUUCUUCAUCAAUGGAUGUACACUUCCUACUCAGGUCCUAGUAGAAAAUCUGAGCCGCUGGAAAGUGCACAUCUUCACCCAGGUGCAAUGUUAUCUCCUGACCUCAUCGAUCAGCUAUGGCAUUGUCAGCGCCAGUGCAACCGACAAGCAUUUUAUGGAUCCUGCACUAUUGAUCGGAAUCAUAAUUCUGGGGUGCCUUCCUACCGCCAUCUCUUUCAACACAAUAAUGACCAGAAAGGCGAACGGAAAUGGAGCCUUGUCCAUCGCGCAGUCGACCAUUGGGAACCUUCUUGGUCCAUUCCUGACGACAGCUUUGAUAAAGCUCUACACCGGCACUGGCGCCUGGUACACAGAUAUUCUACCGGAGACCGAAGGAUUCACCAAAACAUAUCGAUAUGUCUUUAAGCAGCUGGGGCUUUCGGUUUUUGUCCCACUGCUGGCCGGACAAAUCAUGGCCAGCGUAUUUCCACACCUGGUGAAGACAGUAUUCACAGAGUGGAAGCUGAACAAAUUGAGCUCCUUUGCAUUGUUAGUCGUCAUCUGGAGUACUUAUGACGGUGCAUUCGAGUCAGAUGCGUUUUCCGGCGUUCGAUCGGAUAACAUGGUGUUCGUUGUCUUUAUCUUGAUAGCAUUGUUUCUGGUGUGCAUUGCCAUCACCACUCUGGUCUCAUGGCUAUGGCUCAGCCGCGAGGACACGAUAGCUGUGGCAUACCUGGUGCCCACCAAAACGCCGGCGAUGGGUGUGCCAAUAACAACCAUCAUGUUCAUGGGGCUUCCCGAAGCCGCUCAGUCUAGGAUGAAGCUGCCCAUGGUCAUCUAUCAGGGGAUCCAAACGACCCUUAGCAGUUUGUUGACCAUCCCACUGAGGAAAUGGCAAGCUACUGAGCCUGCGAAGCGCCAAUUGGUGCAGGCUGAGACCUUAGAACUAAGCGAUCAGCUGCAGGACACAGGCUCACAUAGGAGACCUACGAAUAACAGAUCAAACUUACCUAGGUUCAACCUCAAAAGAAACCGCGAACACGAACCAUCUUCCAGCACGCAGAACAAAACCUCCUGUCCCAAAAAUGCCGCCCCCAACGCUAUCCUACGGCCUCAAUCUCGGCAACAAAAAAAACCAGGCGUGCGCCCAGGUCCCCCGGGUACCCUUGGGCAAAAGCGCAAGAAAACCAUCUUCGACUCGGAUUCGGACUCGGAAAGCAAAGACACGGGAAGCGGGGAAGUCGAGAUCUCCACACUCGGCGGGCUGGAGGGGACGAAAAGCACCUCGGCCUCAUCGACAAAGCCAUCAGCGACGGAACCUCCCGCGAAGCGCAAAGUCCCAUUCGGAGGAGGCGCAACGGGGAAGCCGAACGUGAAGCCGCUGAGCAAGAGUUCUAUUUUCGCGGACGACGAUGAUGACGAGACCACGGAGAAGCAGACGGGGGAUAGUGGGGUUUCAUUUGGGUUGAAUACGAAGAAGGGUGGUGGUGGUGGUUCCGCAGCGGGGAACAAGGAAUAUGUGAACCUGUCUGCGAUGCAUAGUAGCAAGAAGCAUGCGCAGGACGCGGAGGAGCUUGAUCCGUCGAUUUAUUCUUACGAUGCGGUGUAUGAGAGCUUGCAUGCGAAACCGGGGAAGGAGAAAGCGGCGGCGGAGAAUAAAAGCGAGGGUCCGCGGUAUAUGGGGUCUUUGUUGCGGAGUGCGGAGAUCCGCAAGCGCGAUCAGCUUCGCGCGCGGGAUCGGAUGUUGGCUAAGGAGCGGGAGGCUGAGGGCGAUGAGUUUGCUGAUAAGGAGAAGUUUGUGACAUCUUCGUAUAAAAAGCAGCAGGAGGAAUUGCGGAAGAUCGAAGAAGAGGAGGCAGAGCGGGAGAGACAGGAGGAAGAGCGACGGAAACAGAAUGGAAGUACUGGUAUGGUUGAUUUCUACAGGGAUAUACUAUCUCGGGGCGAACAACAGCAUGAGGCUGUUAUGAAGGCUACGGAAGAGGCUGCACGGCGGGUGCAAGCUGGAGAAGCCCCGGAAGAAACAGAGGAGCUCAAGGAGAAGACAGAAGCGCAGAAAGCCGAGGAGCUCAACGCACGGGGUGCCCAUAUUGCCAUCAAUGACGAAGGGCAGGUUGUCGAUAAGCGGCAAUUGCUGUCUGCUGGUCUCAAUGCCGCCCCAAAGCCCAAGCAACAGCCCUCUACGGCCACGGCUGCUGGAUCGCGCGCUUCUGCGCCAAGGUCCCGGUUCCAAUCGGAGCAACAGAGCGCUCGGGUUGGCCAGCGUGCUCGUCAAACAGAGAUGAUUGCUUCACAACUGGAGGAGAGAGCGCAACAGGAAGAAGCGGCCGAGACAGCACGGCAGAAAGAAAUCGCAGAGCGCAGCCGCAGCCGCAAGACCGAGGGAGAUGUCUCGAGCGCGAAGGAGCGAUACCUGGCGAGAAAAAGGGAACGAGAAGCCGCCGCGAAAGGCAAGGGUGCCUAG